AUGAAUCGCGGAAGCAUGUACAAAUCCGACGACGAAGAUGAUGACGACGAUAUCGGUGAAGAUCUCGAUGACUUAAGACUCGCCUGUAUUGUCUCCGAAGAUGCCAAUUCGGAGAACGAAGACGAUUUCGAGUUGCUUCGUAGCAUCAAAAGCCAAUUAGCUUCAUCCACGACGAAUGUUGAUUUGUCAAUGCCUUCGGAUUCGGAGAAAGAAGAAGACGAUUUCAAAAUGCUUCAAAACAUUAAGAAUCAAUUGAAAGAAGACGAAGAUGGCGAUGCAUUUGAAACCCUUUUCGCUAUUCGUAAUCGAUUCUCUAAGCUCAAUGAUGUGCAAGGAAAUUUCAUGAAUGUUUCUACUAGGAAGAACAAUCAGGUACAUGCAGUGGCGAAUGUAGAACUUAUUUUCAUCCGGGGCAAAGAUUCAGAGCAAGAAGUACAUGAAAAGACUACCAUUGAUAAGCCUCUUAUGCAUCAUCCUACGAGUUCGAGUUUUCCUGAAUCUGCACAAGCCUUUGUUGAUGCAAUCCGAAGGAACAGGUCAUAUCAGAAGUUUCUUCGAAAGAAAUUGACUAAAAACGAAGCAAGGAUUGAGCAGAACGAGAAACACAAGAAGAAUGUUGUGAUAGUGAAAGAUUUUCAAGGUUCUUGCAAGAGAAUUACUAAACAAGCACUUUCUCAGAGGAAAGAUCCUCAUGUCGAAUUAAUCUCAACGCGAAAGAAAGACAUCAUCUCCUUUGGGGUUAGGUCCACCGGAAAAUCAUUAUGUGUUGCAGAUUAUAAGAUGGCUCUAGAGAAAUAUUCGAGAUAUUCAAGUUCGCUGUAUCGCAGGAAUUGGACUAAGAAGGAGAAUGAAAAUCCUGCAAAAGGUUUAAAACAACAACUUCAAGAAACACUUAUUCGUGAAGCUACUGAGCAGUCCAGGCAGUUUCUUCCGAAAGUUAAUUGGGAUCAACUGGAUAUCAAGAACCGUUCGGCUGCGGAAUGUGAAGCACGGUGGAUGAGUUCAGAAGAUCCAUUGGUUAACAACAACAACAGUACUACAUGGACUAAAGCAGAAGAAGAUUGCUUACGCUUAACUACCAGAAACAAGAGUUGUACUGACUGGCUUGACAUUGCGGAAAAGGACAAACUACACGACGCGGUUGACUUGUUUGGCGAGAACAACUGGCAAUCUGUUGCAAAUGCAUUACAAGGAAGAACCGGAAAGCAAUGCUCUGAUAAUCGAAAUCGCAAGCAGUGCAAGAGGAGAUGGGAGAGAUUAAAUCCUCACCUAUUGCUUCUUAUACGAAAAGAAGAUACUAUGGGUAAUUUUGUCGACCGGGAAUCAGAGCGUCCUGAUCUUGACACAGACGAUUUUUUGGCACUAGCCGAGAUAUCUCUUGAGCAAGAAGAACCAAGAAUUGUAGUAGCCCCGAAGAAGAAAAGCAAAGCACGGCGGAGAAAAGGAUCAGAGAGAAGCUCAGGAGAUGCAUGUAGACAAGAGGAUGAGAAUGUAUGUGAAAAUGAAGCAAAUAAUGGAGAAGAGGUAAGGUGUUUGGAAUGGGAAAACGAGUUUCAAGACUAUGUAAAGGAGAAGAAACAAAGUCGAAAACGCAAAAAUGUUGCAGAAACAUUAUCAAAUAACAGCUCUGUGAUCAAGAAGCUUAAGCCUAGGAGGAAAGUGUCUGCAGAAGUUCCUAUCGAGAACCAAGAUCCAUCACUGAUGCUCUGA